AUGACCCACCUCGUUGUCGUGGCGCUCUCGCCAAGUCGCCCUCCCGUCGCUCUUCCCCUCGCCCUUGCCAUCACCCACCUCGUCGCCUUCACGCUCGCCUCGAAUAGCCCUCCCAUCCCUUCCCGUUGCUCUCGCUCUCUCCCAUCCCUUCCAGUCGCUCUCGCUCUCUCCCAUCCCUUCCUGUCGAUCUUGCUCUCUCCCAUCCCUUCCCGUCGAUCUUGCUCUCUCCCAUCCCUUCCCGUCGAUCUCGCUCUCUCCCAUCCCUUCCCAUCACUCUCGCUCUCUCCCAUCCCUUCCCGUCGCUCUCGCUCUCUCCCAUCCCUUCUUGUCGAUCUCGCUCUCUCCCAUCCCUUCCCAUCGCUCUCGCAUUCUCCCAUCCCUUCCCGUCGCUCUCGCCUUCUCCCCUCCCAUCGCCAUCGCGCUCACGUUCCUCCCUCCCCUCGCCAUCGCGCUCACGUUCCUCGUCUCCCGUACCAUUCGUGCUCUCAAAUUCUCGUCCCGUCUCCUCGCCCUCGUACUCUUUCCUCCCGUCCCUUAUUGUCGCCUUGCAUCGCCCUCGUGCUGUGCCCCCUGUCACUAGUGUUUGUCUCCCCUUCCCAUCCUGUCUUUCCGUCUCUCCCCUCCCAUCCCGUCGUUCUAUCUCUCUCCCCUCCCAUCCCGUCGUUCUAUCUCUCUCCCCUCCCAUCCCAUCAUUCCUCCUCUCUCCCCUUCCCAUCCCGUCGUUCCGCCCCUCUCCCCUUCCCAUCCCGUCGUUCCACCUCACUCCCCUCCCAUCCAGUCGUUCCGCCUCUCUCCCCUUCCCAUCCCAUCGUUCCAUCUCUCUCCCCUCCCAUUCUGUCGUUACGCCCCUCUCCCCUUCCCGUCCCGUCGUUCCGUCUCUCUCCCCUCCCAUCCCAUCGUUCCUUCUCCUCGUCGGACAACCUUUAUGGUAUUCCACCAUCAUCUCGUGCAUAUGUGUGUGCGCUGGAUUUUGCCAGUGUUGUUGCUUGA